ACUGUACAAAAACACAACUUUAUUACUUUAUUCUAUUGCUGAUUUCGCCCCGGACUGAAAGAUUGGUGCUCCGGAGGGGUGUUGGUGUUUACACCUCUAACAUUUGUACAGAAGAUUUGGACUUCUGCUUCAGAGCCAGCUGAUAACAGCAGCAACCCUUAGCAACAACUAGUGUUUAAUGUAGCAUUAGCAACUAGUAAAGCUAUCUGUCCAUCAGGAAACUUUAUAAAUCACAGAGAUGACAUCAGACAUCAAAAAAUAUUAAAUUUUCCUUCAUUAUCACAAAAGCAGUGUGAAACAUCCUGAACAACCUCCAGCUCUAGCUCGAUGGAUUGAGAUGUUACAUCAUAUCGAGCGCUUGUUGGCAUUUGCAUGUUUUUCGGGGUCUUUUGCAUGCACAAGAUUUACCUAUCAAAGGAGGAAAGAAUGGUGACACUGUGUCAGUUCUAUGUAAUGAACUCUUUUUAUUCAACUUUGCCAAGGUAAAUACAGUUCUGCAUUCUACCGCAAGUAAAUAUAUCAUCGUCUAAAUGGGCUUCAGUACCAAGCAUUAAAGUAUGAAACUCUUUCAUAGACUUACAUUUCUAAAACGUACAUUAUAUUAUUAGGAUAUUAACAAAAUAUUGUUAAAUCAUUUGCAUUAGUUGCAUUAAGAUGUCAGCUUCCAUUCUAAGUAAUAAUUUCUUCAUGUCAUCCAGUACUUUUCAGUGAAAUUCUGCUAAGUUAUGUGCGCUUUUCAACAACAUCAACAAACUGCACUUUUUGUUUUGAUGACAACUUUGGCAUUCUGCCAUCUUCUGACAUGCUCAAUUUCAAUUUUGUAUCCUGGAUAAAGCUUACAGUGUUCCUCUUGUAGCCCAAUCACCUCUUAAUGCACCUAUUACUUUGUAGUACAUACUUAAUAUUUCAGAAUGAUUCUAAUUACUGAUGCAUUAAAAUGUGAAUGGUAUAUAUAUAUAUACAUAUAUGGAUUGUUGUUCCAUCUUGACCAGCUACAAAUAAAAAUAUCUUUUUAGCUAGGUAUUGUUGUAGUGCAUGUGAGGGCAAGGCAACUGUAUUUGUAUAGCACCUUUCAACAGUACGAAACAACUAUAUUAUAACAAUAUUUUCAGAAAGUAGGUUACUGUAGAAAUAAAAUAUAAAAGAAUAUUUAAUAUUUUUGAUUUGGUGCCCAAUCCUGCACUAGUACACGUUAAUUAAAAAGAGGGUAGGAAAAUGUGUUGACACAAUGACAAAAGAGGAGGUCUGGUUACACUGUCAAAACAGGAUCACCCAAUCCCUGAGUGAUGCAUGUAUUCAACACAUGUACAGUGUAUAUAAGGUUCAGUAUCAUCAUCCCGGAAAACUAUUCCACAGUACUUACUUUAUCAUCAUGAUGAUCCUUUCUCUGACUCUCAUCUGGGCGCUCUCCAGGACAGCUGGAGCACUUCAGUGUCAAAGUUGCCAAAAUGAUCAGUGUACAAACCCACCAUCAUUACCAUGUUCUUCAGAGACCAUGUGUGUGACAGCUACCUUUCAAGACACUUCAGUUGGAGUUACAGUCUCACAAAUCGUCAAGACGUGUGCACCAUCCUCCGUGUGUCCAGCUACAGGCCCUCAGACAUUUUCAUAUAACGCGGGUGUUGCGCAGACAGUUGCAUCUCUUCAGUGCUGCAACACAGAUAACUGCAACACAGAAACUCUACCUAAGCCUGUUCCUCAGCCAAACAGCCUAAAGUGUUUCACUUGUGACCCUCUCAUUUCUCACUGCAACUCAUCUCAAUUACAAUGUAAGGGAGUGGAGGACCGCUGCUUUAAAGUGAAUGUGACGAUUGGAGACAAUACUUCUCCAGUCUCCGGCUGUGCAUCUGCAAACCUGUGUGCACUUGGUGACAGCCUGAGUAGCCUACUUCUCUUGCAAGGUGUUGGUAACAUCAGUACACCAUCCUGCUGUGAGACCAGUUUGUGUAAUGCUGUUACAACAACUGCCAGUGACGCCGGCUGUAUGAGUCUGCUGCUUGGAGUCCUCAUCUUUACCCUCCGUUUUUUUGAAGCCUGAUUUAGGGUUUACUGCUCUCUUACAUCUGAAGUUGGCAGUUAGUGGGGCUUUGUGGGACACAAACGCAGCAAUAGACACACAAACAAACAUACACAUGUACACACAACAGAGGGGAUACUACCUUUUUCAUGGCUUUAAUUUACUGGGUACAUUUUCAAAAAAAUUAAUAGAUUUUUUAACCAAACCUGAUUGAAUGCUCUAACAUUAUAUUAAUGUUAGAGCAAGGUUUUGUCGCAAAUUUUACAAUUAUAUUACUCUAUUAAUUAAAAAUACAAAUCUUUAUAUAUGAAUUGAUAUUAUUAUCAAUUUUAUAUUUAUGAUUCUUGAUCUGCAGUAUUUCCUCUGUCUUUAUCUGUCUUAAAUUUUUUAUUUACUAUGUUUACUGUUAAGCACCAAUACACCAAAGCAAAUUCUUUGUAUGAGAACCAACUUACCAAUAAAGCUGAUUUUAUUUAAAACAAAA